AUGGAGCUUAUAAAAGAGUUGGUUAAAAGUUUUGAAGAGAUAUAUUCGACUCACUUUGGUCCGACCCGCACCGUUUCGGAUCGCGGGUCGGAUCGUGGCUCUGCAUUUCCAACCCGCUCUCGGGCUAUUAUUUCAUCCCAUGGAGGAGAGACGGCGACGUUGGCCGGCGGCCGUGUUGUGGUGGCUUCGAUGUCGAAGAUAGAGCUGAAGCUUUCCCGUCCCAGCCGCGUCUACCACCCCGGAGAAUUGAUCCAGGGCAAGAUCGUUACUGCGCUCUCUGCUCCCAUCUCAUAUCAGAAGAUCCUAGUCACUGCCACUGGAACCGUCAAUAUUCAGGUUCGUCAGGGUGUCACGGGCGUGAUUGACUCUCUCUACGGUGUCGUCAAGCCCAUGCGCAUCCUGAAAAAGUGUUUUGAAGUUGCAGCUUCUGCUGGAAAAUUAGGUCCAGGUACAACAGAGAUGCCAUUCUCCUUUACAUUGAGUCCUCAAGAAAAUGAAACUGUUGCAACAUUCUAUGAGACAUUUCAUGGAGGAAAUAUUAGCAUCCAGUAUCUUAUAACAGCAGAUGUAAUGAGAGGUUACCUACAUAAAUCAUUGUCCACUACAUUGGAGUUCAUAGUAGAAAAUGAUAAAGUGAAUCUGUUGGCGUCACCUCCUCCGCCUGAAUUUACUCGCUUUUACAUGACACAGGAUACUCAAAAGCACCAACUGCUUCCUGAAUUGCUUACCGGCCAUUUUAAAAUUACAGGACAAAUUUUAACCCAAUGUUCUUUGAAGGAUCCAAUAACUGGUGACCUAACUGUGGAAACAUCUGCAGUUCCUAUAGAAUCUAUUGAUGUACAGUUACUUCGAGUUGAAUCUAUUCUUGUAGGGGAGAAGAUUAUCACUGACACAUCAGUUAUCCAGACUACACAGAUAGCAGAUGGAGAUAUUUGUCGCUUGGUGACUUUGCCAAUCUAUGUCUUAAUUCCUCGCUUGCUGGUGUGCCCUAGUUUGUCAGUUGGGUCAUUUUCAAUUGAGUUCCAGGUCUCCAUUAUCAUCAGCUUCCAGUCUCAACUAUCCAAGCUAUAUCCCAAGUCUGACCUUAGAACUCCAAUGCCAUGGUUGGCAAUGCUGACUUUACCCUUCAGAGUAUUCCGAACAUGAUGCUGCGGUAUUCUUCUUGCUGCAAGUGUAGUGAUUCUUUUUGUUAGUCCAAAAUUGUAACUGGUUGUGUCAUAGGGGAUCUUGGAUGAACUUCAUACGAGUAAUGCCAUAUUAUAUGUUAUAGGAAGUUGCUCGUCUUAUUUUCUGCAGCUUAUCCACAGGUUUGUUGUAACAAUUCUGACGGCGUUUGCUCUUUAAUGAAGCAUAAAUUUCUUAAAAA